UAUUACACAAACAAUUUCAAGGAUUAUACAUAGGUUUGGAUUAACUUAUAUAAAAAAAUGGAAAUUUGAAUUAUGGAAUGAGCCAGAUCAUUCAGAAUAUAAUAUACUAAAUUUUACCAUUAAUAGCUAUCUUCAUUAUGUUGAUCUAUGUAUUUAUAGUUUGAGACAGUUUAGAGAAUAUAAUUUAGAGCUAGGAGGACCUGCAACAUCAUGUCAUUUACCCCCUAAAUCGCCAUUAUGUUGGGCAUUUAUGGACCAUAUUUAUUCCUUCAAUAAAUCUGACAACUUUAUACAUUUUAUCUCUAUUCAUAAAAAAGGGCUGAAUUUAUCAAUAUCAAGCAUAAUAAUGGAAGAGAUGGAUUUUAUAAAUUAUCGCCAAAUCCAUUAUCCAAAACUAUCGCUACCUCUUUAUAAUGAUGAAGGAGAUCUUUUAAUUGGAUGGUGGAGACCACAAAUAUGGAGGGCUACUUGUUAUUAUGCUUACACAAUGGCUAAAAUCAUCCACGAUCAUAUAAUCGCGAUUAUAGAAUCCAAAUUAAAUGGAGGACCAUUCAAAAAUUUUUUACUAUUGAGUAAUGAUAACGCUUUCUUGAAUCAGCCUCCAUUUUAUUUCGAACAAAGAACUCUCUUAGCUGGAUUUAUAGCCCAAUAUCAGAUUUCUCGCAAUAAUAUAUCGAUGCCAGUUUUCAUUAAGAAACCAGUUUACGGAGCAUUUUGUUUGUUAUCUUAUUUGGGUAAUACUAUAUUCUUUAGUCCACCCAUAUCAGAAAGUGCAAAUAGCGCUUUCUCAUUAAAUCAUGGAUGGGACGCAAUAUCUCACGGCAUACAUCUGAAUGAAGUUGAAAUGAUCAAUUAUAAUUAUUCCUUUAAAAAACAUGCUACGAGGUUAGAUGAAAAGGAUGAUUUUUUUAUUCUCCCAACAAUAUCAGUUUACCUUGUUUCUGAUGAAUCUAAUCAAUCACAAAAUAUCUUAUUUCAAAUUGCCUUGUUAUACGGUUGUUUAAAACAUGACGUUAUCAACGUUUACCUUCAAAAUGAACCUUUUCAUAUUUUGUCCACUAUUCUCACAAAUGCAUUGAGUUACACACCUUCAAAUAAAUUACCAUUCAUUAGAGAGUAUAUACUACCACAAGUAAAACUCGUUUUAUAUGUUUCUCUAGCCAUUUAUGUAGUGAAUGAUAAUUUAACUAACCCUUAUUCAACCUGGAUGCAAAUGCAGAGACCAACUGUACUUAGUCAUGAGCAAAUCACGGAAUUAAGAAAAGUGGAAGGUCAUCGGAGGAUAAAACUGGUUACAAAAAAAGUAUCCUUAUCUAAAUUAUUGUUACAAGAAAAUAAUUAUAUAGAGAUUUCUUCUUCAAUUUUUCGUUAUAUAUUUAAAAAUCUAACCAUAACAGAAGGAUAUUCUUGCCCUGGUCUAGUUCUUUAUCAUGUUUGCUUUUAUAAUCCGUUAUUUAGGAGAAUCAAUACAAUUGUUCCGUUCAACAUUUUCAUUCAACCUAUAUUAUCGCUCUUUUUCCUUCUUAAAUGGGAUCUUUUGAUAUACGAUAACGAGGAUAAAAAUAAAAUUGCGUGUUUAAAAACUUUCGAAAUACACUAUUCAUUUAUGAAGGGCCAUAAUAAAUCAUGGACAGUUUAUGAAGUUAAAAACGAUAUUCUAAUUAAUUCUUUGGAGCUCGAUUUUUCUGAGUACGAAAAUGUUGACUUCAUUUUUGUCAAGAUAAGGAUAAUCGACCACUGGAAUAAAAGAGGUCCAUUUAGUAAAAUAUACUUUUGGUAUAGAUCAUAGAAAUUAAGCUA